UAUGUUCGAUCCGACUAACAUUAUUUAUCUCAACAUACUCUUUAGGUCCACUCUUGACCUUUGCCUGACUAUCGAACAUUUUCGCCUCCGACUUAUUCGCCAGAUAACUCCUCACUUUCUCCAUCAAUGCCUUCAACGUGCAGACUUCCGACUUCGCAUACGACUCUACAAAUCUCAGACUUAUCUGCCUUACAUCCAGCGCCUUCUCUGGAAUGCCAGCUAUGAAUACUAGAAUUU